CCCCACCCUCUCUUAGGACAGGUAUAUGUGUACACACACGGGCUGACAGACAGCAGACUGCUGGAGAUUACUUUAAUCGAGCUUUGGAAACUGUACACUGACUGAAUUGUCAUUUUUGGGCAAAAGACAGUGGAAAGUGCUGAUAUUUAGUUGCUGACUUGAAGCGACCAUGGGAAACGAGCAGUCAACACAGAAUAAACCUCAGAAGGCAAAUGCUGAGAAGAAAGCCCAAAAUGGAGAGCUGAAUGGACAUGCAGUACCAGCUCCAGAUGAAACUGAACCUGAGACAAGCAAAAAAGAAGCAGUGGAGCAAAAGAGUGAAACCCUGCCAGCGCCUGUCACAAAUGAACCCAAACCACCAGAAAAAGAGGAGGUAGACAGCAGUAAAGCCAACGGAACCGCACAUGUGGAUGCGACCCCUGAACAAAAAACGACAGUCGCAACAGAAGCAGAGCCACCCAAAAAAGCCCCAAAGCCCAGUGGAGAUGAGGUGUCCAACUUCCUUGGUAAAAUGUUCAAAAAGAAGAGCGAACCUGUGAAACCUGCAGCAGAAAACAACGAUUCAGUUGAUGCACCGGCCAAAGCGGUGGAUCUCAAAAUCAACAUGCAGACUGAUAAAGUCUUCAUUAAUGCAGACCAAAAGGAGAUUCUUGAGCAAGUCGCAGAGCAGAUCAAAUUGCAAUUGGUUGAUGCCAUUCCCGCGAAACCCGAUCCAGUGGACAUAAAGAGCAGUGCAGAGCCUGAGCCAGAGCCGGAGCCGGAGGCUGAAGCUCUCGAACCAAGUCCUGUGGAAGCCGCAGAAGAAAACAACCCAUCAGAGGAGGUCAAAGCAGCAGAAAAGACAGUUAUGAACUUUUUCAAAACAUUUGUGACUCCGACCAAAACAAGCAAAGAAGCCAAAGCCACUCCAGAUGCUUCAAAAGAGCAGUCACAGAAAGAGACCCCGCCAGCACCAUCAACAAAUGUACAGGAAGCACCCAAGGCACCUCCUCCUCCUCCCCCAGCACCACCGAAGAUGGAAAGCAAAGCAGAGCCGGCGGUGAAGAAAGAGGAAACAUCUGCAACAAAAGCAGCAACAGCAGCUGCAACAAAAGCAGAGGGAUCUGCCAAGAGCAAAACUAAAGACAGUGCAUUAAGCAAACUCUUCCGUUCAAAGGUGUUGCUAGGCAAGGUGGUGUCAAAAGUUCAGGCGGCGACAAGCAGUGGAGCCAGAGCUAAGACAUCAGGAGUGCCUGUUGUGGUGGAAGAGAAAAAGCCGGUUGAGGUGCAGGUCGACGCGUCUAAGACCAGCACUCUUGAGGCCACAGCCAAACCUGAAGAACCUCCAGCGCCAAAAACAGAGGAGAAGAAAACUGAGAAGAAAUCCACUUUUGGAAAAAUGUUCAAACCCAAGGUUCUGCUCGGCCAGGUGAGCAGCAGGAUCCAGGCCGCGGCGUCCAGCGCUGCCACCAGCAUCUCCCUCAUGUCUGCUGCAGCGGCACCAGAGUCCAAGAAGGAGACUCCAGCUGCUCCUCCCGUGGCAGAAGCUGCUCCACCCGCGAAGGCCAAAGAGGAGCCGAGACCCUCCACUCCUGUAACGCAAGGGGCCCUGGACAACAAAUCAACCGACAGCACAGAGAACGCCUCCCCCAACAUGCCCCGCAAGCUGGAGAAGAGGAACUCCCUCCAGCUGUUCUUCAAAAACCUGGGCCAAAAACGCCAUUCUGAUGCCGGAGUGCAAACGGACCCUGUGGCACCCGAGAAGGCCAAAUAAAACCCUGCCUUUGUUUUGAUCGCUCAUCUGUGCCAAAACCAUUGGCAGCCAUGCACAUAAGAACAUAUUUACCAAAGUUGGGAGGUAUUAUGCUGAUUUGCAAGGCCAAAGUUUGAAGUAACUAUGAAAUUAUAAUCUGAAUCUCCAUGCAUUUAGUGAGAGCAGAAGUAAGUGUAACGAUCUCCCUGUUAAGCAAGUGCUACGUGUGUUUAUGACCAGAGGGAGGAACUUGUGUUGUUUUUCACAGAGAAACGUGUCAGAGUUGUGUGGUGUGGCAUGAGAUGGAAAAGUGAAAGUGAAAAUGUUAUCCUGCAUUGAAGAUAAACUCCCUUUUUUAUGUGCAUGUUAAAAUGUCAAAUAUGUUAACCAUACUAACACUACUCAUAUUGCAUCAUGCAUUAAAGCCGCUGCAUUAAGAUGCCUUUUCCCCGGGAUAAAGCAAACAUCAUGUGCGUUUGCAUGUGAAAAGAAUCUAUUUAUGUAAUCAUACACUAUCUGAUUGUGAAAACAUUGACCCGUCGUCUGCUGAUUUCAAUCACUGAAACCUAUAAAGCCAAUUUGAAUUCCAUGCAAAACUUCUGCAUCACUUUAAUAAAUCCAUAGAAAUCACAAGUAUUUAUUUAACAUAAUGUCAAUCAAAUAGAGCACCAUAUAUUAUUAUUCCAAUUUAUUUGCUUAUUUAAGUUCAGCCCAGUUUCUAUAUAGAAUAAUAAUAAUAAUAAUUGUUUUCAUUUCUAAGAUUGUUUAUUAAACAUAACUUACUAACUAAACCACAUUACAAUUAUUGUCUUUUUAUUUGCUUGGCCGUCCAGUUCUGACCAGAGUAGACUAAAAAGAAAUUAAGCUAGUAAAAUAUUUUAUUUUCUUUCUUAUUUUCUGAAAAUUGUAGUUUUUAUUAGAACAGUAUGAAAUAAAUAUGCGGUAUAUAGUUAUGCAAUAUAUAAUGUACAUUCAACUCAGCUGUAAUCACAUGUGUUUUAUGAUUUUCUUCCUAAUUAUCGCUACAUUUGUAAAGAAUAGAUGGGCCUAAUUCAGAAUUUAGACAAUAUCCAUGAAUCGUAGACUUUCUGUAUCUCUUUUGUUGCAUUUUUGUCUAUUUAACCAAUUUAUAAAAAUAAAAUAAUUAUUUCUCUCCUCUGUAAAA